AUGUCUCAUUAUUACGACCGUUCACCUAUAAGAAGAAGUGACGAUAGGUAUUACGAUAAACGAGAUAGUAGACGCUAUGAAGAUAGUCGUUCUUCUAGAAAGGACCGUGACGAAAGAAGACGCGAGCCAGAACAAGUUGAACAAGACACAAACAUGGCUUCUCCUGAACCAGCCAAGAAGCGAGUGCCUAUCUCUAUUGAAGAACUGAUUAAAAAAAAGGAAGAAGAAAGCAAAUUGACUGAAAAACCUAAAUUCUUGACAAAAGAAGAACGUGCUAAAUUAGCACUGGAGAAACGACAACAAGAAGUAGAACAGAUCCGAAAGAAACAAUCAGAAGAACGUAAGGCAAGAGAAAACUUUGAUUUAGCAGCAGAAGAUGAAUACAGACGUAUUCAAGACAGUUCUCGUUCUCGUUAUGAUAACAAUAGACGACGCAAUGAUUAUAAGGAAGAAGCAGCAUUGACGGAAAAAGAAAAGCAGGCCAUUCGAGAACGCUAUUUCGGUGGAGAACGCAAAAAGAGAAAGAUCCGUAGAAUGAACGAACGCAAAUUUGUGUUUGAUUGGGAUGCAGGAGAAGAUACAUCGUAUGACUUUAAUCCCCUUUAUGCCAACAAACACAGUGCGCAAAUGUUUGGUCGUGGACAUAUUGCAGGCAUUGAUUUGAAAGAACAAAAGAAGCAUCAAUCUGAAUUUUAUGAUCGUCUUAUGAAAGAACGUAGAACAUCUGAAGAAAUUGACAGAGCAACGGCACUCAAACAAAUGUCGCUGAACAAAGAGGCCAAAGCUAAAUGGGAUGAGCGUCAUUGGUCAGAGAAGCCUUUGGAUCAAAUGAAAGAAAGAGAUUGGCGUAUCUUUAAAGAAGAUUUCAACAUCUCUACCAAAGGUGGUCAAAUUCCUCAUCCUAUCCGUUCUUGGGCAGAAUCUGGUUUACCUGAGAAAAUGCUAAAGAUCAUUGAACAAGUAGGCUAUAAGGAACCCACACCUAUUCAAAGACAAGCAAUUCCUAUUGGUAUUCAAAACAGAGAUAUUAUUGGUAUUGCAGAAACAGGUUCUGGUAAAACUGCUUCCUUUGUGAUUCCCUUGUUGACCUACAUUUCUGAUCUGCCCAAGAUCACACAAGACAACAUGGCAGAGGGCCCUUAUGCCUUGAUCAUGGCUCCUACCCGUGAAUUAGCACAACAGAUUGAAGAAGAAACACUCAAGUUUGCCACACCUAUGGGAUUUAACUGUGUGUCGAUUGUGGGUGGUCACUUGAUUGAAGAGCAAUCGUUUAAUUUGCGUAAUGGUGCAGAAAUCAUUAUUGCCACACCGGGUCGUUUAAAGGAUUGUUUGGAUAGACGUAUUCUUGUGCUCAAUCAAUGUACUUAUGUCGUAAUGGAUGAAGCAGAUCGUAUGAUUGAUAUGGGUAUGGAAGCAGAUGUCAAUUUCAUUUUGGAUGCUUUGCCUGUCAGUAACAUGAAGCCUGAAGGUGAAGAUGAUCAAACAGUGGGCCAGAAUCGCAAAUAUAGACAGACCACUAUGUUUUCAGCCACAAUGCCUCCUGCUGUAGAGAGAUUGGCCAAGAAAUACUUGCGUAGAGAAGCAGUAGUCACAAUUGGUCAAGCAGGUCAGGCUACAGAGUCUGUUGAACAGCGUGUAGAAAUGAUCAAUGAAGAAGGCAAAAAGACUAAUCGUCUUAUGGAAAUUCUCAAUUCUGGCAAGUUCCCUGCUCCUAUUAUUAUCUUUGUCAAUCGAAGACGUGGUGUGGAUACACUAUCAAAAACACUCAAGAAUGCUGGUUAUCAUGCUGUUACUUUACAUGGUGGUAAAUCUCAAGAACAAAGAGAAUUGGCUCUUGCUCAAUUAAAGAACGGCUCUGCUGGCUAUCUUGUAGCUACAGAUGUUGCUGGUCGUGGUAUUGAUGUUAAGAAUGUGUCUCUUGUUGUGAAUUAUGAUAUGGCAAAAUCAAUUGAAGAUUACACACAUCGUAUUGGUCGUACAGGUCGUGCUGGUAAUUCUGGUGUGGCUAUUACUUUCUUGUCAAACAAUGAUACAGAAGUCAUGUAUGAUCUUCGACAAAUGUUGAGUAAAUCAAGCAUAUCCAAAGUACCUCAUGAAUUGGCUGUACAUCCUGAAGCACAAAAACCUCCUCUUUCAAAGACAAAAAAGAAUGAAAAUGGUACGCCUGCUGCAAUGUAUGGUUAA